AUGGUCGCAAACAAGUAUGCUGAAGCUGGGAAGUGGGACAAAGCAGCACAUGUGAGAAUUAGUAUAAACAACAGAGGCUUGAAGAAGAUGGCUGGGGAGAGCCUUAUUGAGGAAAGGGGAUCCAUCCAUAGGUUCUUUUCUGGAGAAGAUGAUCAAGUUGAUUGUGAGGAAGGGGAUAAUUUGGUCAAAAUAUUUCCAGACAUGGGAAUCGAAAUUGGUGGGCUUAGAAUUGGUGGAAGAGUUUGUUUUGUGAUAAUUGUUGGCCUCAUCAUACUUCCUACUGUUUGGUUAAGAAACAUGAGCAUUCUCUCAUAUAUCUCUGCUACUGGAGUUUUAGCUUCUGUCAUACUCCUUGGCUCAAUUUUGUGGGCUGGCAAGUUUGAUGGCAUUGGAUUUCAAGAAAGGGGAACUCUGCUUAAUUGGAAGGGAUUACCUACUGCUGUUAGCUUAUAUAGGUUCUGUUAUGGUGCCCAUGCAGUUUUUCCCACCCUCUACACUUCUAUGAAGAACCAAAGACUCUCUUCUAAGGUGAAGGAAGGUCUUUGA